GACGCUGGGUUGAAACACGCGCUUCAGAAAAACAUGUCGGGUACAAAGUCGGCCAGCAUGUCUGGUGUGAAGAGGAAGAGGGACCCAAGCAAGCCAGAGCGCAGCGAAUCCAAAUCCAAAUCGAAGAGCCGGCGCAAAUCACCUAGCGACGACGGCGAAGACAUCCAAUCUGAAAUCCUGCAGCUCGAAGCUCAAAUUGUCGAAUCGCGAAAACACUACAACAACAUUGCGACUCUCAUAAAAUUGGCAAAGCAGUCAGAAGAUGACGGCUCAAUUCUGGCUGCGGUUGCGCUGUGCCGAGUCUUCACACGACUAUUGGUAUCGGGCGACAUGGUCAAGAGCAAGGGCAUGAGCGAAGCAGAGCUCGUCGUGGUGUCCUGGCUAAAGGAGCGCUAUAAAGAGCUCUGUACUACACUUUUGGACGACUUCCUCCGCAGCGAGCACCCCCCAAAGCAAUCUGUGGCCCUGACGCUGGUCAUGCGUUUGGUGAAGGAAGAGUCGAAAUCACAAAGGGACUACAAGCUCAAGAACGGGCUCAUGCCUCAGCUCAUAUGGGUUUUGUUGAGCUUGCCAGAAGAUGACAUGACCCGGGAGGAGUUUGCAGAGAAGUACUUCAAGCAGUUCGACGACAUUCGGUACCUGACCUUCCAGAAGAUCAAGGAUAUACUGGAUGGCGAGCUUUCAGACACAACACGACAAGUCGUUGUUGCGAACAGCAUGUCCCUGCUAGCCACGCUCGGCGAAGUCCCCAAGUCCAAAUCCGAAAUUCAAAACUUUUACGUUGAGGUACAAGGGAAGAGCCCGAUAUCGUCGCUCCAGGCAUACAAGGAGAAGGCGCAAGGAGCUUGGUUGGCAACAAUGCGCACAGGAAUGACUAAGGAACAGCGCAAGUCCAUCCUGACCACAUUUUCCUAUCAGAUGGCGCCAUGGUUCCAGCAACCUGAGGUUCUGGCCGACUUUCUGACCGACUCCUACAAUGUGGGUGGUGCAACAUCUUUAAUGGCACUUUCUGGACUAUACUACCUCAUCUCGGAGAAGAACCUCGACUACCCGUCAUUCUACCUCAAGCUUUACUCUCUCCUAGACGACGGUCUUAUGCAUUCAAAGCACCGCUCACGCUUCUUCCGGCUCCUUGACACGUUCAUGUCGUCCUCUCACUUGCCCGCCGCGCUCGUCGCUAGCUUCAUCAAGCGCCUCUCGCGGUUAGCACUACACGGACCCCCAGCUGGUGUCGUCAUAGUAGUACCCUGGGUCUACAACAUGUUCAAGAGACAUCCUGCUUGCACAUUUAUGAUGCACCGCGAGAUCCGGGAUCCCGCGCUGAAGAAGGAGCUAGAAGAGGAGGGCAUGGACGAUCCAUUCGAUAUGGAGGAGCAGGACCCUAUGCUCACAAAUGCGAUUGAGAGCAGUGUCUGGGAAUUGGUGGCGCUGCAAUCGCACUACCACCCUAACGUGGCGACGUUGGCCAAGAUCAUCUCGGAACAAUUCACAAAGCGGGCGUACAAUCUGGAGGAUUUCCUCGACCACUCUUACAGCGCAUUGCUCGACAUUGAACUCGACCGCGACCUGAAGAAGGAGCCGGAAAUUGAAUUCGAAAUACCAAAACACAUACUCACUGCGGAAGAGGGAGGAUUGAAUCCUUUAGGCCAAUUGCUCACACACGUCAUAGAAGCUAGACCAUCGAUGGACAAUGAGGGCUCGGAGUCGGAGUCGGAGUCGGAGUCGGAUUAGAAGAAUGAUACCCAGUUCACUGCUGUGCCCAC